ACCCUGACUCAUCACCUGGCACAACAGCUGGAGGGCUUAAACACCCGCCUGCUGUUGUGCGUAGCCAGGUGCAGGAUCGAGUCAGGCCGUAGAGACGAGGCUGUCCCGGAUGGCGGGAAGUCUCCGAGAAGAGGUUGCUGUUUGCUGAUGAAUGGAGUGCUUCGAAAGUGGUGAAGCCAGCUCAUCCAUUUCUUCUUUUAAUGUGUCAUGUGAUUCUCCGAGGGGGCUGCCGUGUGAGUGGAGAUGCUCUCGGUGGUGGAGAAUGGACUGGACCCCCGGGCUGCCAUCCUGGUCAUCAAGAAAAAGCUGGUGGGAUCAGUGAAGGCGUUGCAGAAGCAGUACGUGUCCUCGGACACGGUGGUCACUAGCGAAGACGGAGACGCCAACACUAUGUGCAGUGCCCUGGAGGCUGUAUUUAUCCACGGCCUUCACGCCAAGCACAUCCGAGCCGAGGCCGGAGGGAAAAGGAAGAAAAGUGCCCACCAGAAGCCUCUGCCUCAGCCUGUCUUCUGGCCCCUCCUGAAAGCUGUCACCCACAAACACAUUGUCUCCGAGUUGGAGCACCUGAUCUUUGUCAGCACGGACGUGGGCCGCUGCCGGGCCUGGCUGAGGCUGGCCCUCAAUGAUGGCCUGAUGGAGUGCUACCUGAAGCUGCUCCUCCAGGAGCCCGCCCGCCUGUGCGAGUACUAUCAGCCUACGGCCCUGCUUCGAGAUGCCGAGGAGGGCGAGUUCCUCCUCAGCUUCCUGCAGGGACUGACAUCCCUGUCCUUCGAGCUCUCCUACAAGUCCGCCAUCUUGAACGAGUGGACGCUUACCCCACUGGCUCUCUCUGGGCUCUGCCCACUCUCUGAGCUCGACCCCCUCACCUCGCCUGGGGCAGAACUACAGCGGAAAGAGUCUCUGGACUCGAUUUCCCAUUCCUCAGGCUCUGAGGACAUCGAAGUCCAGCACUCAGGCCAUAAGAUCCGACGGAACCGGAAGCUCACGGCCUCCUCCCUCAGCCUGGACACGGCCAGUUCCUCCCAGCUGUCUUGCAGCCUAAACUCUGAUAGCUGCCUCAUCCAAGAGAAUGGCUCCAAGAGUCCAGACCGUUCCGAGGAGCCCAUGUCCUACGACUCCGACCUGGGGGCGGCCAAUGCCGAUGAUUCAGACCCAUCACUGCAAGAGGUAUUGUCGGAAUUCAGCAAAGCCCAGGUAAACGCUGUGCCAACCAACGGACUGAGUGCGCUAAGUGGAGAACUGGAGAUUCCCACGGGGCGGGCCUCACUGUCCCUCCCCGGCCUGGAGGCCAGCGACCCUUCUGGUGUGCCCGCAGGGCCCCUCCCGGGUCAAGCAUCAUCUGAGACUCAAGAUGGGGGCCGCAAGCCGCAGCCGCCUCCCCUAGCACCUGGCGCCCUGGGCUUGCCGCAGGUGGACACUGCCGAAGCUGCCCCCUCGGCGAGUGUUUUAGGCCCGCGGCUUUCCAGUCCCAUGAGAGAGACGGCUACCAGAGCAGUCAGGCCGGGCGGUGGCCAGCAGGAGCCCCCGGAGGAUGAUGGAGCCACACGGAGCCCCAGGGUGUCCUCGCCCACCAGCCCGAAGAGCAAGAGCUGGAUUUCGGAGGAUGACUUCUACCGGCCCCCCCAGGAGCCGCCCGCAGAGAGCCCUUCCGAGUCUCCUUCUGGAGGGACUCCAGAGUCAAAGCCGGGGCUCCUCCGGCAUUUUUCUCAAGGACCAAGGAAAAGCUCCUCCACAGGGGCCUUAGACCAAGCCUGCAUGCCUUCCCCAGGGAGCCAGACAAGCAGGGACGCCGCGGCCCGGGAGCACCUGAACUUCAGGGUGGUGCACCGCAGGCAGAUGGGGCUGUCCAACCCAUUCCGAGGCCUCUUGAAGCUGGGCACCGUGGAGCGGCGGGGCGCCAUGGGCAUCUGGAAGGAGCUCUUCUGCGAGCUCUCCCCGCUGGAGUUCCGCCUCUACCUGAACACAGAGGAGCGCACCUGCGUGGAGAACUGCUCACUGCUGCGCUGCGAGGCCGUGGGGCCGGCCCACGGCGACGGCCGCUUCGAGCUCGUCUUCUCCGGCAGGAAGCUGGCCCUGCGGGCCUCCUCCCAGGACGAGGCCGAGGACUGGCUGGACCGGGUGCGGGAGGCCCUGUGGAAGUGCCGGCCCCAGCAGGAGGAGGAGUGGGUGAACAUCGAGUACCCGGAGCCACCCGAGGACUCCCCAGACGCCCCCCAGGGCGGCCUCCCCUCCCACCCUGACCUGCCCGCUGAGCCUGAGACCCUUCAGGGCACGCAGUUCUCGUGGUCCUCUGCCCAGGUCCCCGAGCCAGAUGCCAUCAAAGAAUCCCUUCUGUACCUGUACACGGACAGGACCUGGGUACCCUAUAUUUUUUCCCUGUCCUUGGAGUCUCUGAAAUGCUUCCGAGUGAGAAACAACGAGAAGAUGUUAAGUGACAGCCACGGAGUGGAGACCAUCCGAGAUAUCCUGCCCGACGCGAGCCUCGGGGGCCCAUCCUUCUUCAAGAUCAUCACGGCCAAGGCCGUCCUGAAGCUGCAGGCAGGGAACGCUGAGGAGGCCGCCCUGUGGAGGGACCUGGUACGCAAGGUCCUGGCAUCCUACUUGGAGACGGCCGAGGAGGCAGUGACGCUGGGCGGCAGUCUGGACGAAACCUGUCAGGAGGUGCUGAAGUUCGCCACGCGGGAGAACGGCUUCCUGCUGCGGUACCUUGUGGCCAUCCCUACGGAGAAGGGCCUUGACUCCCAGGGCUGCUUCUGUGCAGGCUGCUCCCGACAGAUUGGCUUCUCAUUUGUACGACCCAAGCUUUGUGCCUUCUCUGGCCUCUAUUACUGCGACAUCUGCCACCAAGACGAUGCCUCAGUGAUUCCGGCCAGGAUCAUCCACAACUGGGACCUCACCAAGCGCCCGGUCUGCCGGCAGGCUCUGAAGUUCCUGACGCACAUCCGGGCCCAGCCCCUCAUCAACCUGCAGCUGGUGAACGCCUCGCUGUACGAGCACGUGGAGCAGAUGCGCCUCAUCCGGAGGAGACGCGAGCAGCUGAAGCUUCUGGGCGAUUACCUGGGCCUGUGCCGAAGUGGGGCCCUGAAGGAGCUGAGCAAGAGGCUCAACCACAGGAAUUACCUCUUGGGGUCCCCCCACAAGUACAGUGUCGCUGACCUCCAGCAGAUCGCGGACGGGGCAUACGAAGGGUUCCUCGACGCCGUGAUUGCGUUUGCCUCCCAGCACGUCUACCACUGCGACCUGUGCACCCAGCGCGGCUUCAUCUGCCAGAUCUGCCACCACCACGACAUCAUCUUCCCUUUCGAGUUUGACACCACCGUCAGGUGUGGCGAGUGCAAGACCGUCUUCCACCAGAGCUGCCAGGCCGUGGUGAAGAAGGGCUGCCCCCGCUGUGCCCGCCGGCGCAAGUACCAAGAACAGAGCGCUCUCAGCUGAGCCGGUGUGCUGUGCCCGCCCGCAGCGGCCCGUGGCCAGCCCCGCUGGCUGCGCCGUCACCCUGCGCGCUCUCAAGGGGUCACAGCCAUGUCCCCUGGCAGGAAGACUCAGAUGCGACCAGAGCACGAGCCUGCCAGAUGGAGCCCUCGAUGAUGUCCCCCACUCCCUCUACCACCCGUCUGCCCCAGAAGGUGGGGACACCACCAGUCCCAGGGGAAGCGAGGAGGGGAGCUUUGCACUAGUCAGGCCCCGGCUCACCUUACAGACCCGGCACCUCCAUUAGGGCUGUUCAAACACUGUGGAAACAGCACUUGGGCACAUGCUCAAUUCCACAUUCCUGAUUCAAAGGUCUAGUUUUUUAAGGCGGGCUUUUUCCCCUUCAUAUUUCAAUAGAAAAUAUUUUUUUAUUCUCGACCCCACACAAGUCACCCAAGAAAUCCAGACAUUCUCACGCUGAGCAGACGUGUGGGAACAUGUGGCCCGCAGGCAGGCGGGCCACUGCUGGGCCAGAGCGUGUCAGCUGGACUGGGUGCCUUUCUGUCACCCACGCCGGGCCCUCGCUGCCCACAGCUCAAGUACAAGGUGCCAAACUGCCCAGGGGCCGGCGGGGUCCGUCCCAAUGACCUCCCUCUUCCUCUCCCUCUCCUCUUUCUGCCCUGCCUGCCCUCCUCCCCUGAAAAGCCCAUCACCUUUCUCCGUGUUAGAGCCCCCUGGCACCCCUGUAGCCUGGGAUCUUGGUCCCUGCAGAAGGGAGUGACUCGGAACCAGCACUGUGAGCACUUUGAGCCUUCCUGGGUCCAGGGCAGGGUCUGGCCCACCCCUCAGCCCCGGGCCUUCCCCCCCUACCGCUGACCCACAGCCAGACGGACCGGGGCUGCUACAGACGCACUCAGGGGGAUCUUGCCCCCCGCCUGACUGACCCCUGUGGGACAGAGGAAGGCGGGGCCCACAGAGAGGGCAGUGAGCCCAGGCUAGCCUCGGGCCCUCAGGAGCAGCGACCCUGUCCUCCCAGGAGGAGUGCCCGCCCUGCUGCUGAGAUGUGUGGGAGCAGCCACCUUGCGGAAGGACGCUUACUUAGCCUCAGUUUACAAAGCCAUGGAUUCGCAGAGCUUUGCUGGACUGGCCCAGGCGGGGUGCUGCCAGAAACUGGAGAAUCUCACUGGAGCAGGGUCACCUUGGAAGGGGUCUGGGGAAGAGUGGGAGCCUGGAAUGGUUUUCAAAGUGAUGUUUAGACCCUGUGGUUGGGAGUGGCUUCCCUGCUGCCCCCUCCGAUCUCUCCUGCCCCCCAGCCCUGGGUCCUCUGGCCAUCCUGUCGGCUCUCGGCUCAGAUCGGGGCCUCAGGUGGAGAUUGCCUGUCACUGUCAAGAGACGAAUCUACUCCCACCUCUCCCUUGGAGCGAUUUGGCUGCUGAGUCACCUGCCCAGCCCUGUGGAGCUGGAUGAAUUGUGCAAUAGAAUAGAGGAGGUGGGAGGCAGGUGGGGGAGGGGGCUGCCACACAGCCUCCCUGCCCCCUGUCACAGAAGAUGGCACACACCUGUGCCUGGCACACCAAAGCCUCCUAAAUGGGGAAGCGGAGCCCCGUCCUCCUCCGGCAUCCCCAUAGCCAGCAUUAAUGCCCCACCGCAGACCCGGUGCGGCCCGCCAGGGUCCUGGGUGCCCCAGAUCCCACGGUGGCCCGGAGCCAGCCUGGGACCAUGGGUCGGGCCGUGAGCACGUUGUAUGUGCCCAAAGGCACCCUGGGGGGCACUGGGAGCCUGCUCAGGUUGCAUGGGGUGUGCUUCCGCCAUGGCCGCCCCCCGGGGCCUCGCAGCACUAACUACAGCUUGCCCUCUCCCCAGUGCCAGAAAGCUGCUGAUGCUUCCCGAGGAGUUGACUCUUACCCCUCACCUCCAAUGGAAAGCUGACGUGAACCUCAGUGGUGCCCACACUAUUUUUAAAAUGCCAUUUUAUGCAAUAAACUUUCUAUUGAGGCGUGCUGGCCCUUUGCAAUGUACCGAAGGAACUGCUGCUGUGUGAUUUUUGAAUGAUUUUGCAGUAAAGACCUGCUCUUUCUCA